AUGCCCACAACAGCCCGGCAAGAUCAACAAGCGUUUGAGCUUCCGGAACUGUCUACCAUGGGCCGAAUCCGAAGUCUUUUCCAUUCCAGGCCGGAAUAUGAACCUCUUGAGAGCGCUCCAGAAAGAGAUGGUGAUAGUACACAUGUUGCAGGGGACGAUGAUAGCGUGACAGAAGCAUCUUUUUCAUGGAUCGAAUACGCGAUCUUUCUCUUACUUGGAGUGGCUAUGUUAUGGGCUUGGAAUAUGUUUUUAGCUGCAGCUCCAUAUUUUCAGCACCGUUUCCGAACGAGCACGUGGAUCCUGAAUCAUUUUCAGGCCGCCGAGAUAUCGGUGUCAACAGUCACAAACCUUUCAUCGAUGAUAGCCCUGACAAAAUUGCAGAAGGGAGCAUCAUACCCCCGGCGUAUAUCAGCAUCACUAGUCAUCAACACGGUGGUCUUCGCGGUCUUGUCCUUGUCUACACUGGUCCGCACCUCGGCCGGGGUAUACUUUGGAUUCCUACUCCUGGCCAUUUUCUUUGCAAGCUUUUCAACGGGACUCAUCCAAAACGGAUUGUUUUCCUUUGCAUCAGGGUUUGGGAGAAGUGAAUACACUCAGGCCAUCAUGACUGGCCAGGCUGUGGCAGGGGUCCUCCCACCGUUGGCACAGAUUAUGUCAGUGUUUGUGGUCCAUGCAAAGAAACUGGACGAUGCUGAGAGUGCCGAUGAGUCUCCGACUUCUGCAUUGGUUUAUUUCCUGACUGCUACAGCUAUCUCAAUAAUUGCUCUGCUGGCCUUCUUUUACCUUUGGGGGAGGAAAGGACAUCUCGAUAGCCUUGUAUCGGCAAGCAAAUCCACAGCAGAUGAAUCGUCGGAAGGAGAUGCCCUUACAGGACAUCCGAGGUCAACAAACAUCGCGAACGCAGAGCCUGACGAACGUCCAUCGGUUCCACUCACCGUUCUGUUCCUCAAGAUGCCGUCCCUGGCGUCUGCAGUCUUCAUCUGCUUUGCCGUGACUAUGGUAUUCCCCGUCUUCACCACUUCGAUCCAAUCAGUGGGCAGCAUUGAUUCGGCCAUCUUCAUCCCAACGGCGUUUUUGUUAUGGAAUAUUGGAGAUCUACUUGGCCGACUGGUGACAUUGUGGAAAGCGGUGUCUCUGACUUAUUACCCCUUUGCUCUAUUCUGCCUUUCCGUGGCCAGACUCCUGUUUAUCCCGUUGUAUUUUUUGUGCAACAUCAAGGGUACAGGUGCCAUUGUCAGUAGUGACUUUUUCUACUGGAUCAUUGUCCAAUUCUUCUUUGGGUUUACGAAUGGUUAUCUAGGGAGCGAAUGUAUGAUGGGAUCUGGGGAUUGGGUUGCACCGGAUGAGCGUGAAGCGGCAGGUGGGUUUAUGGGACUCAUGCUUGUCGGUGGCCUUACAGUCGGGAGCCUCCUCAGCUUCUUGCUGGGAGAUAUCUAA